AUGGCGUUCCCAGUGAUCGAUAUUGCCUCCAUCAAUGAGCCAGAAGCUCAACUUUCGAUCGCCAAGGAGAUCACUGAAGCGGCUCGAACCUGGGGCUUUUUACUGCUGAAGAACCACCCUAUCCCAUCAGCAGACAUUGCCUCGAUGUUCAAAUUGGGCCGUGACUUCUUCAUGGAGGUUCCUGAGGACGAGAAAGCCCCCUAUCCCAUCAAUGAUCGCUACGUAGGCUACAAUGCUCCACUGAGCGAUAGAAAGAAAGACGACAAGGCGUCCAUGUGGCUAUCAGGCAAACCUGGGUUCCUACCAAGCGAAGGACGCAAAGCCCUGCCGCCGUACUGGCACGACAAGAUCGACACCAUCGAAGGGUUCAAACACGCCUGCUAUGAUCUCGUUAGCAAGCUCCUAGUGUGUUUCGCUCUAGCCAUGGGCUUGGAGGAUCGCAACUACUUCGCUAAAGCCCACGCCGAGGAUGCUGGCAACGGCAACCAGUUCCGUAUGCUUUGCUACCCGUCUCGCGGCAAUGCGCCUUUGAAAACCACGACUCGGAUGUCGCCACACUCGGACUCUGGCUCUGUCACCCUUCUGUUUCAGAACUGUGCUGGUUUGGAAGUCGAAUCGCCGUCCGACGAGUGGGUUCCGGCGCCUCACAUCGAGAACCACAUCCUCGUGAACCUGGGGGAUGCACUAGCAUUCUGGUCUGGUGGUCAACUGAAAGCCACGAAGCACCGGGUGACGUUCAACAGCGUGCCUCAUGAUAUCGAGCGUAUGUCAAUGGCGUAUUUUGGCGCUGCAGCUCCGGAUACCGUGCUGGAGCCGCUCAAGAUCGAUGGUAAGAAGGCAUUUGACAAGUACGAAACCAAUGGCUUGACCAUUCCACCUGGUAUCACGGUGGGAGAGUAUUCGAAGAUGAUCAUGACGGGCAUAUAUGGCACUGGUAUUCAUAAGAAGCGGGAGGAGGUUGGUGCAGCCUCGACAGUCGUUCAGGUCGGCGCAUGA